CCAGGACAGGCAGAGCUAUUACACCUUGUCCCAAAAAACCUAAAGUCCUUUCCGCCAUCUUUCCGUGCCGGCACCAUGGUGCACAUGAAUGUCCUGGCUGAUGCUCUCAAGAGCAUCAACAAUGCUGAGAAGAGAGGCAAAAGUCAGGUCCUCAUCAGGCCCUGCUCCAAAGUCACUGUUAGGUCCCUAACUGUGAUGAUGAAGCAUGGAUACAUUGAUGAGUUUGAAAUUAUUGAUGACCACAGAGCUUGGAAAAUUGUGAACCUCACAGGCAGGUUGAACAAGUGUAGAGUGAUAAGCCCUAGAUUUGAUGUGCAACUCAAAGACCUAGAAAAAUGGCAGAACAAUCUGCUCCCAUCCUGUCAGUUUGGCUUCAUUGUACUGACAACCUCAGCUGGCAUUACGGACCAUGAAGAAGUAAGACGAAAACACACAGGAGGAAAAAUCCUGGGACUCUUUCUAGAGAUGUAAAACACAUUAAUAAAAAGCCUCCACGGACUGUGAAGGAAAAAAAAAAUCUGCUCUUCCAAAGCCCCAGGUAUGAACCUCAGCACCCACA